GUUUUUUUUUCGAGUGAAAUUUUUUGAGCAAUAUACUUGACGUCGCUUAAGAUAUUGGCUGAUAAAGUGGCAAACGAUGCUCCCCCUUCUCAUAUUUAAACUUGGCCGGUGGCCCUUCAUAAUUUUCACCUCCAUAUUCUUCUUUCUUCUGCUGGCCAGAAGAAUACAGUCCCUUGGUCCCUUUCUCCUUGUUCACCAAUUCAUCCCAAACUUGACACUCUCGAUUCGUCAUGCGCUUCAACGCUAUCGUAUGGAUCUCUCUUGCCAUUUUCACCAUCUUUGGCACAAUCGUUCACGCUGCACCCGUGAGUCUUCAAGUCUAUAUUUAUCAUCUAACAAUGUCUUCAACUCUCAUUGGUUUUUUUCUUCCGCAAACCUGGACAAGACCAACCCCGAUGGUUUCUAUGUUGGUGAUACAUUUGUCCAUAAUGCGAAAUACCCCGAUGUCUCGAAGAACUAUGUGUUCGUCUACUACAACGCUGGAGUAGGCCAGUCGGGUAGAAAUCUUAUCGAAGGGCUGCUCCGAAAAAUGUUUGACAAGAGAUUGAAGGGGGUUGAGACGGGUUGGACAGAGUCCCGCAUCGCAGCUCUCAAAAUUGAAUUCAACAACGCUGUUCCGAUAAACGGAGGCUUUUGCAGGUACACGAUUCAGCCUGGAAAAAUCAGUUUCAGCGUCGACGGCGAUUUUGGGAACUGUUACAAUCGGGGUUGCAGGGGCAUGGUCGAUGAUAAGGGAGAGGGACAUAUUUUAUUUUCUAACAAUCAGGAGGUUUUUUAUUCUUCUCCAAACAAUAUUCUCAAGGCUGCUGAUCUAUUCCAAUGACUGGCCAUUGUCAUUGCAUCUCACACUUCUCUCUCUCUCCUUCAUGCUUCGGAAUGAUUAGUGUGCGAAAUAAGUUCAGGGAUGUAGGCUAUAGGCUAUGUUGCAUGGAGAAGAGACGAAGAUUAUAACAUGGUUGAAAAGGAACUUAUUCGGUUUUAGAUACUUUACAGGCAAUG